CGCCCUGUCCUCACGUCACAGUCGCUCACCGGCAGCUAGUGCUAGAACCCAAGAUGUCCGCUAUGUUCCCCAUGUGUGUGAGAGCCAGCCGGAGCCUUUUGCGAAUCAGGAGCGAGACGUUAGCUGCCUCCGGCCCGCAGCAGCUCCUGGAUAUCAUCCGGACUCUCUCCACUGAGAAGAACCCAGCUGCCACUGGAGGUGCCACGGGGGGCUUAGCUCAGGCUAUCCUCCAGGAGAAGCUUCAGCAGCAGAGUCAGGGCCAGCCGCCUCCGGAGGGCGAGCCGGGCGAGAAGGAUGGAGAGCAGGCGGAGGACAAGAAGCAGAAGGAGAACACUGCCUACGCUAAGAAGAUGGCGCUGCGGCUGGCCGGACUCAUGGGGCUGGGUGGGGCUGCCAGCCUGGUUUAUAUAUUCGGCACAAAUUCAGUUGAUGAACAAGGAAACAGGAUUCCCGAUGAGUUCGACCAAGAACCUCCCGUCAUCCAGCAGUUAAAGAGAACCUACAAAUACAUGAAGGACUACAGACAGAUGAUCAUCGAACCGACGAGCCCAAAGCUGCUACCCGACCCGCUGAAGGAGCCGUACUACCAGCCGCCCUACACUCUGGUUCUGGAGCUGACCGGCGUCUUGCUGCACCCGGAUUGGUCGCUGUCCACCGGGUGGCGCUUUAAGAAACGGCCCGGCAUCGACUACCUGUUCCAGCAGCUGGCGCCGCUCUACGAGAUCAUCAUCUUCACCACUGAGACGGGCAUGACGGCGUUUCCUCUGAUCGACAGCAUCGACCCCCAGGGCUUCGUCAUGUACCGCCUCUUCAGAGACGCCACGCGCUACAUGGAGGGCCACCAUGUCAAGGAUGUGUCGUGUCUGAACCGGGACACCAGCAAGGUGAUCAUGGUUGACUGCAAGCGGGAGUCGUUCCAGCUGCAGCCCUUCAACGGCUUGGCGCUGACAAAGUGGGACGGCAACUCUGACGACCGGGCGCUCUACGACCUCGCCAACUUCUUGAAGACCAUCGCUCUGAGCGGAGUGGACGACGUUCGGGGCGUUCUAGAGAACUACGCGCUGGAGGACGAUCCCAUCGAGGCCUUCAAACGCCGGCAGGCCCAGCUAGCCCAGGAGGAGGAGCACCGUCUGGCGGAUCUGUCGCAGCAGAAGAAGCAGGGACUCUCUCUAGGCUCCAUCGCCACUCGCUUCUGGCGUUCCAAACAGCAGUGAGGACGCCACAGAGCCCCUCCCACUCACACUGCUACACCAAUCCCAGCCCUGCGUGCGGUGAGGGGCGGGGCCUGCGUACUGAACCUGAGCCAUCACGAGUCAGUGGGCUGCAUCAGACAUUGUUCAGCUCUAGACCAAUCAGAGUCGGAGCGGGCGCUGAAAGCCCCUCCUUGGGUCGUCCCGGUGUCACUGAUGGUUCUGGAAGCUGCUGAUUGGUUAAAAUAAACAGAGACAUUGCUGUUGGUGGCCGGAGGCCGAUCCAGGACCAGCGCUGCUGUCGCCUCCUCCACUCACAGGACCUGACCCCACUGCAGUUCAUUUCCUCUGCCUGCAGGGGGAGCCGCUCACAGAACCAGAACAGUUUGUAAACUCUAGAAAUAAAGAAUCUUGCUGUUUAAACGAGCUCUGAGCGUCCUGCGGUGGUUCUGAUCAAUGUUCAGGAGAUGCUGCUGCUGUUCCUGAUGAUUUAUUUUCACUUCCUCCUCUGCUGACCUCAUAAACCCGUUAAACCGAGGAGCAAACAGGUUGUCAGGUGCAGUCGCUCGGUCACAAGAAGCAUCCCAGAAAAUCCUCCAAACAUUCAGAAACUGUCCUCAUUCUGUUGAUGUUGGUGGUUCUGAUCCACUGAACACUAGAAUAUUAGAUCAGACCCAUAAGAACAGGAUUUAUACACUGAAAUAGUGAUUGAGCUGUGGAAGAAAAACUGUCUUUUUUUACACAUUGAAUUCCUUACACUCAAUUGUUAUCUGGUAAAAAUUGGCCUGCAAAACAUUCAGCUGCAAAAAAUUAAUUUGCAAAAUAUUCAACUGCAAAUGUGUCGACCUUCUGGUGAACUCGAGCCAAAACAAUCUACCCUUGAUGAAGUCGAACAGCUUUCAGCCAAUGAAAUUAGCUCAUUUGGUCACGUGACACAACAGCUGGGCAUAGCUUUGUUCCCGGCUGAAUGACGCUGACGAGGAGUUUUUCUUGUUAAAUAGAUGAUGAUAAAACGUCAGGUAGCUAAUAAUAGACCGCCAUUAGAGUUUUUCAUCUAAUCAAACUGGGUGAAUUAAGUAAGCCAAUCCCAGCUAAUGCAGCACCCCUGUCUGCCCAGGCUCUUGGUUUGAUCC